AUUGGCGCGAAUGCGGGCUGCCGAUUGGUCGGUUGGUAUUGAUUUCAAGAUGGGUGCGCGCGGUAUCAACCAACUCAAAAUGUCAACAAUCAAAUUUUCUAAUAAUGCACAAAUUUAAUUCGGUUGAUGUUAAUUAUUAUCAAUGCGUUAUCAGGGUUAGUGAUCGUUUUUCUGAUUGGUGCGUAUUUCGUGUACAUCGCGUGUAGAGUGUUUUACGAGAUGGAUCCGGACGAAGCUAAGUAUAUGAGGACGGAGCGCAAGCCGGGGACUCUGGACGUGCACCCGAGCCUCAACGCGAUCGUGCUCAACUACGAAAUCGACGUCCAGAUCCUGGGGGCCAAAGAGAACGUCAUCUACGGGGAGAAAAAGAACUUGAAGAAGAUCAUCGAACUGCCCAUGCUAAACAGCCGCACUGAUUGCUAUGCUCUGGCCAAGGAGGUGGUGUACCAGUGCGACUUGAUCCACCAUUCGAGGGUCUCCGAAGUGGAGCAGACCAUCUACUACCUCAAAAAACGCAAGCUCAGCCACGGAAGCGCCAAAGACAGCAGCUCUCACGACUUUAAACCUACCUCGAACCCCGACGAGCCCAACUACAACAACUUAUCCGACUACAUCGAGCUCCUCUACGAAGGCAUGUCCGAAAAAAUCAAAGGUGCCCACUUGAUCCAGCUGCUCGCCCGCGACCCCGAGAACCUGGACGCCUUAUCAAAAAACGAAACCGUAAUCAGCGCCUUGGGCCGCGUCUUACGAGAAGACUGGAAACGCAGUAUUGUUUUGAGCACACACCUGGUGUUUACCUUCUUCUGUUUUUCCAUGUACUCACGUUUCCACGAGGUUAUCCUCAAGUGUAAGGUUGGUUCCAUCUGCAUGGACAUCAUCGACUACGAGCUCCGCCGCUACGACAAAUGGAAAGCCGACCUCGAGGGCGUCGAGGCCCCCGACGACGUCCCCAUCGUGCGCAAACCGUGCCCCAGCAGCGCCAGCAUGUCCGAGAUCCCCCGCAGCCGCAUCCCCGAGCCCGUGCGCCCCAAAUCCGGCAACUUCUCCGAGACGAACAUGAAGGCGGUGAUGGAGGGCAGCGUCUACGACGACCUGACCAACUCCACCGAGAGCAUCGACGACAAGAAGCUCAGCGAGACCGAGAGGGCCAAGCGCUUCAGGACUUUAUUAAAAAAACAAGAACACCUGCUGAGGGUGGCCUUCUACCUGUUACUAAACAUCGCCGAGGACGAGAGCAUAGAGGAGAAGAUGACGAAGCGCAACAUCGUCGGACUGUUAGUGAAAGCGCUCGAAAGAGAGAACGAAGAGCUGCUGGUGCUGGUGGUGACGUUCUUGAAGAAGUUGUCCAUCAUGCAGUGCAACAAGGACGGGAUGGCGGGGCUGGGGAUUGUGGAGAAGCUUCCGAAGCUGCUGGAAUCGAGCAGCCCGGACCUGGUGCACUUGACGCUGAAGUUGCUGUUCAAUUUGUCGUUCGACACGAAGUUGAGGUACAAGAUCGUGAAAGUGGGGUUGCUGCCGAGGUUCAUCGGGUUGUUGAGUGAUGAUCGCCACCAGGAGAUGAUUUUGAAGUUGUUGUAUCAUUUGAGUUACGACGAUGACGUCAAGACGCAGUUCGCGGAGUGCGUGGGCUUGAUUACCGAUAUGUUGCUUCUGAACAUCGGGAACGAAGGUGAUGAAGUCAUGGUAGCGCUGUGUAUUAAUUUGGCCACGGAUCCGAUCAACGCGCAGCAGAUGAUGAAGAAAAACAGAGUGCAGUCGUUGAUGAUGAGGGCGUUUACGUACCAGGAUAACAUGCUAAUGAAGAUGUUACGGAAUCUCUCGGAACAUAAAUCGUCGAAAGUAAACUUUGUGGAAUUCGUCGGGGACAUAGCGAAAGCGGUGGUGGAAUCCAAAGAGGACGACUUCGUCGUAGAGUGCGUCGGAAUCCUCAGCAACCUCAACCUACCUGAACUAGACUGGGCCGAAAUUUUCAAACACUUUGACAUGUUAAAAUGGGUCGAGAAAAUCAUUCGGAGCAAUAACACCGACCCCGAGCUAGUCCUCCAGGUUGUCGUUCUGCUGGGCACAGCUGCCGCAGACGAAGGCUGCGCCGGCCUCCUCUGCGAAUCCAACAUCAUGAACGUCCUAAUCGACCUCCUCAAAACCCACCAAGAAGACGACGAAAUCGUCCUCCAAAUAAUAUUCGUUUUCUUCGCCACGAUAUCGCACGGCACUAAGAUCGACUACUUGGCCGAAAAAACGGAAGCUCCAGCCUACUUGAUCGACCUCCUCCAGGACAAUAACAAGUCGAUACGGAAGCUGUGCAACACGUGUCUUAACAUAAUCGCCGACCACAGUAAAACGUGGGCGGAACGCAUAAGGAUUGAGAAGUUCAGGCACCACAACGCGCAGUGGCUGCAGAUGGUGGACUCGCAGCAGCUGGAGCCCGAGGAAGACGAGGACGAGGAGGACGCGCUGCCGCCAUAUUUGAAUACAGAGUUCCUGGGGACGGCCGUCGUGCCGCCACUGUCAGAUUUGACUGAUACGGUGCCGGAUUCCGAGUUUAUUUCACAAAAGGAAUUGGACUUCGACUAUUUCGACAGACCCGAAAUGAUGCCUGACCUUGAAAUCGAGGCCAUGUAGCUUUAGUUACAAUUUGCGUUCGUGCACAAGUGAUAUUUCCAAGCUUUCUAGUCAUUUUCUUGUUGAUUUGUAUUGAUAUUGAAUAGUGAACUAAUAAAAUGAUUCAUGUAUGAUGUACUUAGCGCGGAAUGCGUCGUUACUUUUUUUAAUUUUGAAUAUAUUUUGUUUGAUUA